AAAAAUAAUAAUAUGGGAGACAUCUUCGAUGACUGGAAGAGCCUUUGCCAAGUACUGGACAGCUUGGCUAACAAGCUUCUUCGGACUGAAGUUAUCAACGAGCUUGAAAAGACAAAUAAUACAAAUACACAUGGUAUUAGAGAUACAAUAAAUGUAUUUCACGAAGCAGUAUACAAUAAGUUACGAGAGGAGAUCCAGAGAGACAUCUCUAAUCGAACUGAGAGGGAUGACUUCUCAGGCCUUAUCAACUGCCUCAAAGAUUUUCUCAACAUUGUAGAAAAGACUUAUAAAGAACUGAAGUAUGAAAACAUUCAACUGAAUGACAAAGUUCUGAAGUUAAAGCAGAAAUGAGGUAUGGCUCCCUUACCUAGUGAGGAUAACCCCCCGACUCAGUCUCCAAAAGCACAUAAGACCUCUUCUCAACCCCAUGAAGUAAUCAAUUUCCUAUCCCAGAAAAAGAAGGAGAACAACGAUGCCGAUAAUAUCAAUGAUGAAUGGGGCCAAGAAGAGUCAGAGCCAAUGAUGGCUACUCAAAACCAAGAUAAACCAUUUAAACAAGAAAGUGCCAAAACAAUAAGUAAGCCUCCCAGCAGUUUAGACACUUCAUUGCUUCAGAAAAUAGUAUCAGACAUGAGUAACUCCCAUUCUAAAGAAGACCAGAAGCCUCUAAACUCUUGUGAAACUAAGCGGUCCACUAAAGCUGCAGAAAAGGCAGCAGAUGAUAAAGAUUUAGAAGAUGAGGACACUCUCAAACAAGAAAGUCUUAUAAAGAAAAGCAAACCUUCUAAAGACCAAGAAUCAAAAUGAAACCCAAGAAAGAUUUUAAAGGAAAAAGAGUCAGAUUCUGAACAAGAUUGGGGGAAAGAGGAGAGAAAAGACUCUUGAUUUGAAGAAGAUAGUGAUAGUCCUGGCUUUAGCUGAAAUAAUUCAGAGAACAAUUAUAGAUUUUGAACACCACUUGAUAAUGAGAAAGAAGACAGAAAGCCUACUCAUCUGUUUAAAGAAGCUCAAAAUUCUAACUCAAUGAUGAACCAAGAGACUGAUGACAGAACUCAUGCUAAGAAAGAACUCUCAGAUCCUCCAAAAUAAGAAGAUCUCUCCUUUUAUGCCAAUAGACCCUGACUUCAAAAGAAAACAACAAGAAAAAGACAAACUAAUAAAACAAGAUAUCGACCAGAAAAUCAAUGAAAUCCAAAAACAAAGCAACCUCCCAAAAGAAAGCAUCGAAAUCUCCUUCCUAGACCAACUCGAGAUCCCAAGAUACAACUACCUCAUCAAACAAACCGAAAUAACCCAAGACGACCAGCCUCCGGCUCCAAGCUACUCUAGUACAAAACUCUCCCUCAAGAACUCCCAGUCAGCUUCCAGCACUAAGAACCCGCAUGUUCGUAGAGAAGCUACAUCCCGUAUCCUAAACCUCAACCAAGAACUUGUCCAAGAAGAGCCCUCCUCCGCAUUUCCUUCCCAGACCCGCCCAGAACCCAGCUCUGUUGAGAACAUCGUAAUUGACCUUGAAACAGUAGAAAAGCUCAGAUCUCUCUGUGAAUAA